AUGGCGGCGCAGGACUACCUGAGCCGGCUGCAGUCCGGCGCCGCCGCCGGCAUCCACCCGCUGGCCGGGCUCGGCUACGAGGCGCUCGCAGGAAUGAAAGCGCACGGUGGUGGAAGCCCCAGCAGCUCUUCGUCCAAAGAUAGUCCGGGCGGCCUUCAGCUGCCGGACGGUACCGAGAUAAUCAAGCACACCUCGUCCAUCAGCGGCCCCAAGGUGCCCGGCACCACCAACCGUGGCCGCAAGAAGACCAUCUCGCUGGACCCGCCGUUCCCCGCCGGCAGCGGCGCCGGCGCGCUCUCGCACGGCGUCUCCUCCAUCCUGGGCCGCUCGCCGGCCACCGAGACGCGGCUGACGGGACAGCGUCACCAUCACACCGACGUCGUCCAAGUCCACCAGCGAUCGGCUGCGAGAGCUCGAGAUGCUCGGAACCAAGGUGGGCCAGUCGGCGUCGACCUCAGGCGCCCAGGUGACCAUCACGCCGGUGGCCUCCAAGGGCACCACCAUGCUGACCAGCUCGGUGUCGCUGACGCCCGUGGAGCGGGGCGGCGCCGGCCGCUCGCCGCCCGCCACCGACGGACCGCUCAACCUCUCCAAGAAACAGCCGACCAAAAAGCGCUCAAGUUUGCCGGACCCCGAGCAGCUACGCGGCGGCGCUCGGCCUGCCCAUGA